AUGCCGAUGCAGACCCAGGGUUCCACAGAGCCCAGUGACAGUACCGGAAGUGCAAAACGGAAGCCCGUCCGCCGCGACCCAGAGAAGAGGAGGCAACAGAACAUUCAAGCCCAGAAAAAGUACAGUAAGUGCAUGUCACUGCUGACUUUGGUGUCUGGAGAGAAGCUUCGCAAACGGCUAGAGAACCUCGAGGCACUCGCAGCAUCGGCUGCGCAGAACCAUGCGGUUGAAAGAACAGCAGCUGUGGAGAAUGACACCUCGGAAGCGGCCGUAGCGCAAGGGCCUUCGACUUUUCUGCCCCACAUCGCUACAAAUGGCAUCCCGGCCUCUGAAGUCUCGGGGAUAUCAGUCCCCUUUCCAUCUGCGGGCAUUCCUGGAAAUCCAUGCACAUCACUGGACGAGUUUUCAGCAGCCCUUUCACUGUGGGAACCUUCAACAUGUGCCACUAACCUCGAUUGUACCUCAUCAUCCCUCGCGAUGUUCGACUCCACAAUCUAUGCACCCCCGCCGGAUGAUCUGUCGCCGUCCUUUCUCAUCCCAGACGACCAUGGCGACAACAAUGGUGGCUCACACCGCGUCAUCGCCAUCAAAUGCGGCUGCCUCAAGCCCCACAUCCGCGUGCAGACCCACAGUCCUUACCCGUUCCGCUCAGGUGAAAUUCGCAUCAUUAUGCUCGAACCCGGUGCGCCAGCUGCGGAUCCAUAUACUAACCACAUCCGCAUUGACCUGGUCUGCACCAUGACAGCACUGUAUACCCUCGGAACACACAUCGGGGUCAACGAAUCGAUGCUGUGUGCCGACGAGUCUUUUUCGCCGUUCUACCGGCCAAGCGCAGCCUGUGCGGAUGAGCUGGUCAAGGCAAACAUGGUCGGCACAGUGCAAAGAAUAUUCAAGACCUUGAAACCGGAUCUGCGGCCAAACCGUGAACAAAUAAUGAUUGAGCACCACCCUUACAUUGACAUUUUGCCUUUCCCAACACUGCGAAGAAAUCUACUGAUCCUUCAAGCUGAGCUGGAUGAAGAUGAGUUCAUGGAUGAUAUAAUUUCCGGCUUGGUCUGCUGGGGAGGAGCUGGCAUGGGGAAACGGGACAGACAAAACUCGGUUGGACGUCAUCCAACAGGCACACCGUGGGAUGUCCGCAGUUGGGAGGCCAAAGUCUGGUUUUUAAAGAAGUAUUGGGCACUGCUGGGCGGCGAAGAUGGAGAGCUUGUGCGGCAAAGUGAGUGGUGGCGAGGACUCAGGGGGGAGGACGAGGAGGUGUUUGAUCAGAGUGAUUCGACGCCAGCAGACUCUCCGCUAUUCUACUCAACCCUAGGGAUCUGA